CUCCAUACUACCCUUAGCCGCCAGCAAAAAACACCCAGACUGUGCCGCAACCCCGUGCUUCCACUCUCUUCACGCCCUAGAAGUCUCUGUGUAGCCCAUUGCCCUCUGUGAAUCCGCCGCUAUCUUUUUUUUCGAGGAAAACGAAGACAAAUAGUAUAUGUCUGCCGCCGAGAAACUCGCGCGCCCGCAGGUACAACAUGGGAUCACGUCGCCCGAUUUGGUCGGCUACUUGCCGACCUCGAGCAUCAGUUUGGACAGCCCCAACGCCGCUCUUGCCACUGGGGCUGCAAAUCCAGAAAAAAACUCAAGCUCAGAAAAAAGCACAAACGCGGGCGCGGACCGCACGCCCGCACAGGCGUUGCUCCAUCGGUUGACCUCGCGCCAGAACGACGACUACCGCCACAUGGUGUUUGCCCCUGCGACCGGUGCAAACGCCCAGAACUUUGAUCAGCGCGUCUCGUUCGACACCAUCAACCUCCGCGCCGCCGAGGACCCGACGCUCAGCUUCCUCGACGACGCGGCACGCGCGGAGCUCUUGGCCUCGCGCCGGCGCAUGCUGGCAGAGACCGCGGACGCCCGGGGGCGAGGCCUGGACCGUGACUUUUUGCUGGUCCGCUCGCCCGGGGCUUCUCCGAGCGGGUCCCCGACUCGCAUGCGCUCGCCGCACCGGUCGCUCGACGUGUCCACUUUUUUCCGCAGCCAGAUCCAGUACCCGACUGUGCCGAUCCUCACGCGUAAGUGCUGUACGCUCACGCGGCUCCACCAGGACUUUGAGCCGUUGUACUUGGGCCAGCUCGCGGAGUACGGCUUGUGGCCCGCGUUGCGCGGGCGCGUGAUCAUGGUGUACGUGAGCGGGCGGAAACACACGUGGGUGGCCAUCGACUGGAUCCUCUGCAACUUCGUCCAGCACGGCGAUACCGUUGUGAUUGUGGCAGCCAUCAACCACCCGUUAGCCCCCGCGGGCUCUCGCACAACAUGGUACCCGCCGCCGCAAGCCUAUCCGCCGAAGACAGAGAAGGUACGCCAGCGCCAGCGCAAUCGCCCCGAAUACACCAAGCAGAUUGCGGCCAACAUCAUGCACUACGCUCUCUCCGUGGUCAACCCGAACGCUAUUGUCAAGAUCACCGUCGAGCUUGCCGAGGGAAAAACAAAGGACGUGCUCAAGGACAUGUACAAGUUGUACGAGCCCAACAUUGUGUCCACGGGCUCCAAGGCCAGCGCCCGCAACAGCGCGCCCUUAAAGUCGUGGACCUCAUCUCGUCUCAGCGACCGUCUAGUCCGCAUAUUCCCUCUCCCGGUCAUUGUGGUUCCCGCGCCCAACAUGGGCCCCUUCGAGCGGAAGUUGAGCGCAGCCGUCGCCAGCUUGCAUGAACUGAACUCAGUCUCUCGCCUGGCGUCACCAGAAAUUACUGGGGCGGAUGCUUCCAGCUCGGAGCGCCUGCCACAGGACUCUGACUCCCACGACCGUCGCGCAGUUGAUUCAGAUGCCGAAUCCAUCUCCGACCGUUCGUUCAAAAGUCAGUCGAGCACAGACAGCGAGGCGUCAGCUAAUUCGUACAACUCAUUUGACGAGAUCGCUGAUCUUUACAGCGAUUACAAGACCACCAUGGACGCCAAACUUGCGCAGCACAGAAAGCGGGACAUUGACGAGAACUACUUUGCUAACUUCAUCAAAACAAUUUCUGAUCUGUCUCUUCGUUUCUGCGGGGAACUCAAGGAUGUCAAUCCAAAUUUCCGCGGCCAGGGUGCCAAAUUGGCCCGUGAAAUUACUGGCUCUAAUUCCUUCGGCGCUGUUCCUUAUAAAACAAAGUCUUUGCUUCCUCCCAUAGAAAAGUCUAUAACCGGUAGCUCAAGUGGCGGGAUGUCUUAUAGCGAGUUGAAACGGAACCUCAAGAAAAACACAUUGCAGGCGAAGCAAGGGCCCCUGAUCAAGAUCGAUCCCCCCGCUUCACCGCUCGAGGCUCCAAAGGCUCUGGCGCUUAAGUUUGCAGAAGGAGAGAAGCCGAGCCGCAGAAUGAAGUCUGAUAAGUUGCAAAAGUUCUUGUCGCACGAAGACCUGUCUAACCGCAGGGUUAACCUCGAGCCUUCGAAGUCCCAACCCGACCUAACACAAGUUUUUGGUGAAGAGAAGAAAAAGAAAAAGAAAAAGAAGUUCUGGAAACUCUUUUGAAAGUGCAAGUUUUUUGUAAAUUUAGUUCCAAAAACCUUGUUUGAAAGCGCGCGCCUUUAUAGAUCUAGUUUUGGUUUAAAUGUAGCUUGGUGACCGGCGCGAUUCAACAUCCAACUUCGGGAGAAAAUUCAGGUACACUACUAUUGACUUUAAUUUGUUUUGAUUACAGG